AUGAACUUCUCAGUGGUAGUGACGACAUACGAGAUGAUUACAAGGGACCGCGCACAGCUCAUGGAGUACUACUGGGGCUUCAUCGUUGUCGAUGAGGGCCACAGACUCAAGAAUAUGGACUGUAGGCUCAUGCAUGAGAUCAAGAAGCUCAAUGCUGCACCAAGGAUGGCGUUGACGGGCACACCGCUGCAUAACAAUCUCAGCGAACUAUGGGCUCGCCUCAACUUCGUCCUGCCAGACUUAUUUUCAGAUUUGGAAGCAUUUGAGGAAUGGUUCAACCUCCCGAUGUCGCAGGCCACGCUAUCGGCCUCCCGCUCUUCACAACUCAUUUAUUUUCUCCAUGCUCUCCUCCGGCCGUUCCUACUGUGA